AUGAACGAGGCGGAUGUUAUACUGGUUUACAUACCCAAUGGUAUCGUAAAAAAUGUACGAUAUAACUUUGAAUUCAAAGUUCAGAAAGUUAUUCAUAUUUUAUUAUCAACAUUGGGCAUUGACCAUGUAUCAUUCGGAUAUUUCGCCCUUCGCUUAAUCCGAUCACCGGUAACACAAAUAUGCAACAAUAACAAUGACUGCCAUUGGUUACAUUCAGCUCUCACGAUGCGACACGUUUAUCACAAAUUUUUCAGCAAAAACUCGAGCUCCAUUCAACUCCGGUUUGAAUUACGGCUGCGUUUCAUAUCGAAAGACCUUGAGGAAAUGUAUCAAACAGAAACGGAUGCGUUUAUGUUUUUGCAUGAUCAAAUCCUUGCUGAUUAUGUAACUCAGGUGUCAUGGAAAGUUCCUCCCGAGAUAGCCAUUGAAUUAGCUGCUUUACAGAUACGUCGAAAGCUUGGAAAUCAAAACUUGUGUAGCAUCGAAAAGUAUCUAAAUUUGGAUGAACUUGAAGCCGAAGGAACUCUUGCGCGACUUUUGCCUGAAACUAUACUUAUUAAUAUGAAGUCAAAAAUGCUGAGGAAAACACUGACAGCUGCAGUGAAGAGGCACUCACUGCUUACACCAACAGAAUGCAUUUUCCAUUUCUUGGAAAUUGUUAAACGAAUAACGCAGUUUGAUACAGAAAUAUUUAGAGCUUCUUUGGGUGUCGUUUGGAAGAAUCCAUUAGAUGUUAUAGUAGGUAAUGCUGUUGGUAUUUCGUGCGCUGCAGAUGGACGCGGCCGAGGGCCUGUUCUAUUGGCAAAAUUGCAAUACGUUAUCAAUUUGACGUUAUUGAAAUUGGAUGAAAAAUCGGAAAAAACUGUAGUUAAUUUGAAAAUAAGCGGAAGCUCACAGCAGCUGUCAAUUACAUUGCCGACAUGGUCGAUUGCCGAGUCAUUAGCACAUCUUAUCAAUGGUUAUCACAUGCUGCUAUCACAACAGGGAUCCAUUUGGACCCCAUCUGAAUUAGUGGAUGAGCUAAAAAGGCAAGAAAUGAAAGUGCCCUUUAUAAAUAGCGAUUUGACACUUACUUCUUCAAAAGAUGAUAAUCUUCUUGUGGAUCGCUCGCGGGUAACACUAGAAGAAUUACUGGGCGAUGGCCAAUUUGGUAAUGUUUACAGAGGAACAUUUAUGAAAGAGGAUGGUUUAAUAGAUGCGGUUGCUGUAAAAGUUUGCAAAAUGGAUGGUGAAACAAUGGAGAGACAGAAUUUUUUGGAAGAAGCUUUUGUUAUGCAUCGAUUUCAUCAUGAACAUAUUAUUGCAUUGGUGGGAAUUUGUAUAGAAAAACCUAUUUGGAUUGUAAUGGAAUUGGCUCCACUUGGCGAACUGAGACAGUAUUUAUUGCAUAACACUGCGACAAUCGACUUAUCGGUACAACUUUUAUUCAGUCAGCAACUCAGUUCUGCGUUAGUUUAUUUGCAUUCAUGUAAAUAUGUGCAUCGGGACAUCGCUGCUCGUAACGUCCUCUUAUCAUCGCCAUAUUGCGUGAAGUUAUCAGAUUUUGGUCUAAGUCGUUGUGUUGAAGAUAACAUAUAUACAGCAUCUCGAGGCAAACUUCCUAUAAAAUGGAUGGCACCAGAAUCAAUUAAUUACCGCUGUUUCAGUAAGGCGACCGAUGUUUGGAUGUUCGGUGUUUGCAUGUGGGAAAUACUUACGUAUGGUGUGAAACCAUGGCAAGGUGUCCGGAAUCAUAACGUUAUAUUGAAAAUUGAGAGUGGUGAACGACUUAAAAGGCCUAAUAAUUGCCCGCAAGUUCUUCACGAUUUAUUACUGCGUAUGUGGAAUUUUGAGGCUUCAAGAAGACCAACAAUGUUUGAAGUUAAUCGUUAUCUUGGUUUUCUGCUAGAUCAAAUUGAUUGCCAUGUUCCCUUCGGAUCACUUGCACCACCGUCAGAUAAUGUAGCACCAGUAUUAAAAGUGGAUUCUGCAGCAGUGCCGACAUCAACGUUGCGGCGCACAUUGGAGCAACAAAGAAUUCAGUCGGAGGAAGAUGAUAGAUGGCUUGAAGAGGAAGAAGAAAAAUUUUUACCAUUGCCAGCACUUUCAACAGUUCGAGCGCAUUAUAUUAAUUCACUAUCCAAAAAAGAGCCGUUGCUAAGCGAAGAAAAGAAUAUACCACCAGGUUAUGAAUUCGACCGCCACAGUGAUACGGUGCAUGGAGCUGUUUUUAGAGUGAUUGGUGCAGUAACAAAUUUAUCUAAGGAAUUUCAUUCAACGAUGACAAAUGGACAUUUCAGCGAAUGUGUUAAAAUUAUCAUCGAUCAUUUGGGAAAUUUAUUUAAUGAAUCCAUCCAGCACAUAUCAAUUUUAAAUACUUCUGAUCAGCAGGAUGUAAAACUGGUUAAGACACUUUUGGAAUCAGACUUACGUAACCUAUCGGAAACUAUGAAAAAAAUUUUGGAAGAAGAUAUAAGUAAGGAUACUUAUGAAACAUUAAGAAGAGAGGUACUGAAAAUAAGUCAUCGUUUGGCAUUUAAUUGCAAACAAUUCCUGGAAACAAUUGACAGUGCACGUAUUCGAAGUGGUGUUGCAAAGCUGCAACUUAAAGAAUGCAUGAUGUGUUAA